AUGAAGUUCCGCCCUCUGGAAACCUGCGUACUUUAUGCCUGGGAUCCCUUUUCAGCAACUCCCUACUCCACCACGGCCUCCACCCUCUCCGAAGUCACGUGCAGCCCCACCCCUACGACCUUUAGCUGUAUCUCAACUUACUGCUCCAAACCCCCUUCAACUACAGCCAACGCAGAGGAUUCCUGCUCACUCCCAACGGAGCUCCCCCCUCCCAGAGAGUUUGAUUAUACCACUAACUUCCUCACUGCACCCUAUCCCCUGCCCUCACCUUGCAUCUCUUACCAUAAACCUCUCAAUCCAAAUACUCCAAUCAGCCCAGUUUGGUUAUCCGUUCCCUCCGCUCCCUACGAUUCGAUGCUGAAGGCUCUACAAAACAGAUCCACCCCACCUCCCAGUGCCCCUGCCUUACCCUCUCGUUCCCUGUCUCUUAAAUACUUGUCCUGUCCUUCCAUCCGGCGUGACCUAAAUCCCGCUGUUUCUGUUGAGCUACCACACACGGUACCACCUUCUGACUGUGCCGAUUACAUUAUUACAAACGACUGCCCGACCCAGCCUGUUACUCUUUGUCCAUGGAGCUCCGCUACCCAAACGCUGCCUCGGCACCCAUCGCGAGGCCCCUUUGAGGCCUUGGGCUCAAACCGACAUCCAACUAUUAACGCUGCUAACAAAACUUUCGGCUCCCCACCCUCGGAGGCAGCAGAGACUGUGCUGAAAUGCUUGUCCACAAACUGCCCCAGCCUUUUCAACAAACCCGGCGAUGUUAAACAGUCAGCUUGCCUUGAACAACCGUCCAUAAUCGCACUCACAGAGACCUGGCUCACACCAGGUGUCUCUGACGCGGAGAUCUCGAUAAACGGUUAUUCUAUUUUUCGAGAUGACUCAAAACGAGGGAGGGCUGAUUGGGUUGCUCUGUACUUACAUGCGGCCCUACCAAUCCCGAUUUUCGUCUCUGAUACCACCCCUGCAACUUUCGCGAUGCACUGUGGGUCCAAAUUCCGCCGCGCGGGCCUGAUUAUCUCCUUCUCGGCGUGGUCUACCGUAGCCCUUCGAGUCCCCCUGAAGAUUAUCGAUUCCUCAUACAAACACACGAUCAACUCUCCUCCAACUACCACUUCACUCAUCUCCUGCUGUCGGCUGUUCCUUGUCCCGUACUGUGGUUUUCACGUCCCUCGUUAUCACGGAUGGAUGCAAUCUGAGGCUCUACGCCGGGCCACCUCAUCAGAUUUGCUGAAUUUGGAGGAGGAAUACGAAGCUCAGCGACUCUGGACCGAGUUGGAUGACCGGCUCACUUUCAUCCUGCUUACAAGGGAGAAACUCAAACUUUCGGAUCUCCCGUCGCCGUCACUGGGUGAUAGGCAUCAGCAGCUAGAAAUCGAGGCGAUGAUUGGCGAUGUAAACCUGUUUCUGACACCCGUACAAGAUGCAAAACACGGUGCGGAAUUUGAAGGUGAGCUAUCCGUAAUGAUUGCCGAAGAGGAUUUUCGGGGACAGGGAUUGGCUGCGGAGGCAGUCGCUGCGCUGUUGCAGUACAGUUCUUCGCAUCUGCCCAACAAAAUCUCUUCCCUUGUGGCCAAGGUUUCCCUGGAUAAUCCGGCUAGUUUACGACUGUUUGGCGACCACCUUGGCUUCUGCGAACGCAGUCGAUGCGAGGUUUUCAAUCAGGUCACGGACCGAAACAAAGACAGUCGAUUAGCUGAUAUGGCCAAACUGGCCAAGAUACUGUUAAAAGUUCGACCAAACGGGGAUAACGAGGAUGAGUGGGGAAGUCCGACCAAUCUAUCUUAUUCGACUGAAUGCACACGGUUUAUCGCCAGCGAUGACUGA